AUGGAGAACGGAAUAUUAUCGCCUAUGAUCGACAAGGGCGCCCAAGCAGAAACAAACUCGCAGGUGGAAAAAGGAACACAAGUCGAUAGCUUGAUCUCGGCGAAGAAAGUCUUACAGGAACAAGAAGAAAUAUUCAGUAUCGAAACAUUACAUAUUGAAAAGAUUCAGCAAGAAUUAGACAAGGGAAGCAUCACGAGCGAGAUUCUAGUGAAGGUCUUUAAAGAACGUAUUAAACAGGUCCAAUGUGUUACCAAAUCGAUUGCACAGUACAACCAUACAGCAAACAAUACCGCGAUUCUUAGAGAUAUGGAGAGACGGCGGGGUGAGGUUCGAGGGCCUCUUCAUGGAAUACCCAUUUUGAUCAAUGAAAAUUUCGCUACAUUGGAUGGGAUGGAGACAACUGCGGGCUCAUUUGCACUUCGUGGUGCCCGGCCACCUCGUGAAGCCACCAUGGUUCAGAAACUGCGAGAUGCUGGCGCAAUCAUUUUGGGCAAGACAAAUGUGAGCGAGUUUGGUUAUGCCCGCUCUGGUUGUAUGCCACAUGGAUGGUCUCCAAUGUACGGGCAAUGCCAAGCUACCUUCUAUGGUAGCCAGGAUCCGCAAAGCUCUUCGUCGGGGUCUGCAGUUGCUAUGUCGCAAGGUCUGGCUGCUGCUACCAUUGGAGUUGAUACAAUUGGUGGUAUUAUUUACGCUGCUGAUAGGUGCAAUGUUGUUGGUCUACGGCCAACAGUUGGACUUACAUCGCGGGCUGGUAUCAUCCCCGUCAAUAAAUAUCAGGACACCAUCGGCCCCAUUACCAAGAAUGUCAAGGACGCUGCUUUGAUUUUGCAAGUUAUUGCCGGCCAAGAUCCACUAGAUCCCAAGACCGCCGAAACCCCUUUCCAGAACAGAAUUCCGUUCCUCCUCACGCCAGAUUAUGUCCGGUCCUGCCGACAUGACGCAUUUGAAAAUACAAAAAUUGCGAUCCCACGAUCUACCAUCGCCGCUGCAAACGAGUAUGGCAAGAGAUUAGAGCCAGAACUCUUAGCUUCUUUUGAGAAUGCAUUGAAGAUUAUUACCUCUCUUGGUGGGACGCUCAUCGAAAAUGCCGAGUUCCCCAAAUGGAAAGCGGGCGAAACCCCGAGAAGCGUCAUAUGGGAUGGCGCGUGCCUCCGAGAAGGCCUCGAAUCAUAUUUUGGCAGCUUGGCUAAGAAUCCUCACAAUAUUGAAACAAUGUCUGACCUCACUAAAUUCCUCAAAGAAACACCGGAAGAACAGUAUGACCGGUAUGGUGCGGAUUGGUUUGAUCAGGCUAGCAAUGCAGCACACCUGCCUGAUGAUAAAGCUCGAGAAAUCAAAGCCCACGUGGAUGAUCUCGGGGAAGAAGUUAACCGAAUGCUUGACCAAUAUGCCUGUGACGCCAUUGUGGCCCCAGCAUAUACCGAUAUACCUUUUGACCUUGGGGGUAACCCUGCGAUCGUCGUGCCCCUUGGAUUUUACUCACACGCAGUGGAUGCCAGAAAGGUAUUUGAUCGACUGAAGUUCCGGGGCCCGAAUAUCCCAUACGGGCUUAUGUUCGUUGGGCGUCACUUUAACGAGGCAAAAUUACUUGGGCUUGCAUAUGCCUUUGAACAGGCUACCAAUAUUGCACAAAUGGGGAAGCAAUGCAUUCGUCCCACAGUGGAUCUUCCUCCUCCCCAAAUGAGUACAAACCUUCCGUGA